AUGGUUGCGCUUGCCCGGAUGUUUCAGAGUGACCGUCCAGCAACGUACUGUAAAGUCAAUGUGGUUGUGCCUAUUCUACGCUUGUGGUUGGACGUCGAAUUGGACACAAAACCUGACUUCAGACUAUCCAUGAGCGACACGUGGAGCGCGGAGCCUCUCUCGGAGCCUCUCUCAGAGCCUCUCUCGGAGCCACACGUGGAGCACGGAGCCUCUCUCAGAGCCACAUGUGGAGCACGGAGCCUCUCUCGGAGCCUCUCUCGGAGCCACACGUGGAGCACGGAGCCUCUCUCGGAGCCUCUCUCGGAGCCACACGUGGAGCACGGAGCCUCUCUCGGAGCCUCUCUCGGAGCCACACGUGGAGCACGGAGCCUCUCUCGGAGCCUCUCUCGGAGCCACACGUGGAGCACGGAGCCUCUCUCGGAGCCUCUCUCGGAGCCACACGUGGAGCACGGAGCCUCUCUCGGAGCCUCUCUCGGAGCCACAGUGAAAAGUCAACAUCCAGAGCCUUCAUUUGCUCUUGGCUCGCUGUGUUCUGCUCGGAGCCAAAAGCCCACGUAUCCUCUGCAUCUCAACAUCCCUCCUUUUUCACACAAGUCUUUUAUUUUUGUGUGUGUUUGGGAGAGGGGAGGUUUUUUGUAUCCCCGCGUCAUCGCCGUGGCAACCUCAUUCAUGGGAGACUGUGACUCUCACUGUAAGACGUCCAAGGGCAAGAUGAAGAUCACUAUGAAGAAAUACUGCAAGAAAGACUACGCCGUCCAAGUGCACGUCCUGAAGGGAGACAAGGCGGGCGAGUGGUGGAAGUUCACGGUCAACAUCAUGUCCGUGUACAAACAGGGCGAGCAGCGCAUCCGCCGCGGAGACCAGCUGCUGUGGGUGCGCGCCAAAGACGUAGCCUGCAAGUGCCCCAAGAUCAAACCCGGGCGCAAGUACCUUCUCCUGGGCACGGACGACGACUCCCCCGGCCAGAGCGGCGUGGUGGCGGACAAGGGCAGCCUGCUCAUCCCCUGGAAGGACCUCUGGGGGCGGCGUCUGCGGAAGUUUCAGCAGCGCGACAAGAGGGGGAAGUGCUAA